CGGCCUCACGUAUGCUGUUAUGCAACUGAUACAAGGGUGAGUGUAAUGCAUACUCGCUCAGACUUGACAGCUCAGAAGAACGUCAACAGAAAAUGGCAUUUAUUCAGAUGAUUACAGGAUGGGCUGGAUAUCUAGUAUUAUUACUGAUUACGGUGGCAUUUAUAGCAUUUGCUUGCUACUUACUUUACAUUAAACAUAUUCAUCGAAAGUUCGGUCAUAUCCCAGGACCGCCAAGAAACAACUUCCUACUUGGACAUUUGCCAACUAUUUUGGCAGACACUAAAACACCUGGCCGACAUAUCAACCAAAGAUUUCUGGAAUGGGCUGAGAAGUAUGGUCCUGUUUGUAGAGUGAACAGCCUGCAUUCUGUAUUUCUCAUUGUUACUUGUCCUGAGGCAACCAAGGAGUUCUUAAUGUCUCCAAAGUAUUCCAAAGACCCUUUUGUGUACAAGCGCCUGUUCAACUUAUUUGGUACCAGAUUCCUUGGAAAUGUGGUGACUGCCAUGGACCAUGAUUUCUGGUACAAGCAGCGCAGAAUCAUGGAUCCUGCAUUUAGUAGUGUAUACUUACGGGGUCUGAUGACUACCUUCAAUGAGAGAGCGGAGCACCUGAUGACCAAACUGGAUGAGUAUGUCGAUAGCCAGACACCGGCUCACAUGCACAAGCUGGUCACCUCCUUCACCCUGGAUGUGAUUACAAAGGUGGCGUUUGGAGUUGAUUUAGAUUUACUGAACAUCAGUGACUCCCCUUUCCCUCGAGCCAUAGAGUUAUGUCUGAAGGGCAUGGUCCUCUACAUACGAGAUCCAUUCUUUGAGUAUUUGAGAAAGAACAAAAAGGUGGUGCAGGAAAUAAAGGAAGCUGCCCAGUUUCUCCGUGAAACAGGAGCCAUCUGGAUAAACGAGAGGAAGAAGGCUGUUCAGAAUGGUGAGGAUGUGCCUAUGGACAUUCUUACACAGAUUCUCAAAAGUGCAGAGGAAAACAAAGAUGACAAUGAUGAGGAAACCAUGCUUGACAACUUUGUCACAUUUUUCAUAGCAGGUCAAGAAACAACUGCUAAUCAGAUUUCAUUUGCCAUCAUGGAACUUGGAAGACAUCCUGAGAUACUACUGAGGCUAAAGGAGGAGGUGGAUGAAGUCCUUGGGGUGAAACAGGAGAUCAGCUAUGAGGACCUAGGAAAUCUGACCUACCUAACCCAGGUGCUGAAAGAGACUCUGAGGUUAUACCCAACUGCUCCUGGUACCUCUCGCUGGCUGGCAAAGGAAACUGUCAUUAAUGGCAUCAAGGUCCCUGCAGGAUGUGGCAUUAUGCUCAGUUCAUAUGUGAGUUCAAGGAUGGACAAAUUCUUCAAGGAUCCACUGACAUUUGAUCCAGAGAGAUUUCAUUUGAAUGCUCCUAAGCCUUAUUUCUGCUACUAUCCCUUUGCCUUGGGCCCACGGUCCUGCCUCGGGCAAAACUUCUCUCAGAUGGAGGCAAAGGUUGCACUGGCUAAACUGCUGCAGAGAUUUGACUUCACCCUGGUGCCAGGGCAGUCUUUUGACAUCCUAGACACGGGGUCACUGCGGCCGGAGAGCGGGGUGAUAUGCGAGAUCAAACAGCGCAGUAGUGCAUGACCCUCAGAGCCCUUGACAAACAGUGUCUCACAGUAAGAAGACAGGCUGGCUUUGAAUCAUAAAAAUAUAUCAUAUUUAUACAGUAACACUUCUGAAUGCGUUUAUCUUAUUGUUUUAAUUAAAAGACUAAUUAACCAUUCAUUUUUCUUUCCCAGUGUUUUAUGUGUGAGGUAUUAUAUCUGCUUGUAUCUAGUCUUUUUAUGACUUCUGAUUGACUUUAUCCAAACCAGUAACCAUUUUAGACUUCAUAAUAGGCUUACACCCAAAGGUAGACUAUUACACUGCACUGCUGCAGAGGCUUGACUGGAGACGUGGCUGUUGGUUCAUUUUUGUUCACCUUAAAGAGCUUGGUGGAGAUAAUUUGUCUGUUUACUGUCUGUAGGUUUGAAAAAUAUGCCCUCCUUUCUGUCCCUGAGGUCAUAUGACUGUAAUAUGCAUUUUGGUGCAUACAAAAAUUCCUUUUCCUAACGAGGAACAUGAGAAACAUAUUAACAGGACCCUGUGGACCUCCUUUAGGCAGACAUAAGCCACAAUACAGCAUACAUGGCAGGAAAGGAUACUGACAUACAUAAUUGACACCAUGGGAUGGAGCAUGUGAUGACAACAAGUGGAAGACAGAAGGAUGUAUAUAGUGCAUUGUGAAACCCCCUUGAGUCAUCAAUUUGUCCUAGUCUUGAUAGAAACCAACCAAAACUAGUUGGGUCAUGUCUGUUAGCCAUGUGUCUUUCACUGAAAUAAUGCAACUGUAUGUGUGACAUGAGUUGAGUUUGUAAUAAGCAGGGGCUUUGCCCCACAGAGCUUUGUAUUUGUUGCUUGACUCUUGUGGUGCUUGUAACUUUCCCUGGUGCCGGUGCCUUGAAUAAAGCUGCAGUCUCA